CAGCCUUAAAUAGCGUGUGCGCCUCUUGCAUCAGGGUGGAACUGACCAACUUGUCUAAGCGGGAGUCUCUCCUCGGUUAGAGGGGAGUUUUUUGUGUGUGUGCGUGUGUGUGCGUGCGUGUGCGUGUGUGCCGCAGACGAUCCAGCAGCAUGCAGGUGUUUCUGGCGCUCUUGGUCUCCAGCUCUGCGCUGCUGCUGCUGCAGCUGCACGGAUGCUGCGCCUCCGCCAAAGCCUGGAAGGUUCUAAAGAACGAUGCUACGGAGCUUCUGCCCGAGAACAGGGAGCGCAGCAGCCGGGCACAGCAGGAGCCAACAGCGCAGUCCAGCAAUAACCACACAAUCAACAACAACAACAACAACAACAGAGCCAAACACGGCGGAAGGAACGCAAACACAGUCUCCUACAGUGCCUCUGAGCUGAGCUGCAGGGAGUUGCGUUCCACCCGCUACAUCACCGACGGAUCCUGUCGCAGCGCCAAGCCAGUCAAGGAGCUUGUGUGUUCCGGCCAGUGCAUGCCUGCGCACCUGCUUCCGAACUCCAUUCUCCGCGGCAAGUGGUGGCGGAGCAGCACCUUGGACUACCGUUGCAUCCCAGCUCACUCCAGGACGCAGAGGGUCCAGCUGCACUGCCCCAAUGGAAACACUCGGACUUACAAAAUCCGUGCGGUCACUGCUUGCAAGUGUAAGCGCUAUAGGCGCGAGCACAAUCAAUCGGACACCAAGGAGGUACCAAAGCCGCAGCGCAGCAAGAAGCACAGCCGUUCGUCUCAAGACCGGAGCAAGAGUAAUGCGCCUUUGACAAACAACUCGUACUGAUACUGCUUGACAACUUCCUCCAUACGAAGACAAAGACCAAAGCAUGUUCAUAUACACACGUUAUACGACGCGCCAACAUACAGUAUCUCCUCCAAAUGGGGAGGCAAGAGAAAACUUUGACGAGAGCAAAUUAAUAAGCUAAUUACUGGGAUGACUGAGUUGCGAUCAUCAUACUGGCACCACUUUCAACGUUUCUUAGGUAUUUGUUGGUAUAUCUGAAAUUUUUUUUUCUUGCAUGUUGAAAUGAGUGUAAUGUCAACGGCAGGGCUCGCCGUGACUGUGACUGAGGAAAUGUGGACAUGUGUCAACAUGACGUUCUGAUCACCUUACCAGCUCCCUGCGCUUCCACUCUGAUGCAAACCCGAGACUUUAAACCCACCUGUACAAACAUCCAGCAGACACAGAACUACACUAGGCCACAAGUCCGUUUAAAAAAAACGGGGGUAUCUUGGCUCCUACAUAGCUGUAGCCCAUCUCCCUAUAAUUGUGUGUAGAGGAGAUGGUGGCACCUCUAGGGGCUCUGAUGGAUGGGAUGUUGACAGGCUUUGGCCCGUGUCCCGGUUUGCUCAUCAGUAGCAGCCGCCAAACAGGCCUGUCGCUUACAUUAACACAUCUCAAAACACUUGAUAGGAAAAGUUAUGAGGCAGACAAAGCAUGUGGGAGUAAAAACGGUUUUGUCAGCACUAACACCACAGGGGCACUGGGCAUUCCUGCAUCUCCUCUUAAUUACUAAAUGGGCACGUUCCUGUGUUAGCAUUUGAGUCACAAAGAGCCAUUUCCUCCAGACAUAGCCAGUUCUUGUUUGCUGGAAUUAUACACGGAAAAGUGCACACAUGUGGGAAGAGUCAGAAAUUCUUAUGUGGUCGUGAUGUUACAAAGGGCCAGAGAAUUCAGUGGCAUGCCCACAUUGGACUUCUAUUGUAACAGACAAAACAGAAGUGCAAAUUAACCACUCCACUGUGUUGACAGACAUCUCUUCUUUUCUGUAGACGACUCUAUUAUAACUCAGACAGAUUUUUCCUCUUUGUGUAGUCGUGAUUUUAGUGUCAAAGUAUUUGUGAUGUACAAAACCAUUGUGUGUCUGCAUUACUUCAACAUAAAGUGAAAGAUUAAUUCUUUUUAAUCGUGCUCCAUGUAACAAUUUUGGUUAAUUUCUUUGGGAUCAAAUGCCGUAAAAGUAAAUUUAUGGUGAUUUCAGGAAAAAUGUAAAAUGAGAUGAAAAAGAAACUUGGGUUUCUGCUCUUCCAGGUCAUAGUAUGGGAGCUAAGUCCACCCCUUUUACACCACCCCAUACCAAUCUAAACCAAACCCUCUUUUUUAGAUUUGUAUGACCCCCAAAACACAAUCAGAAGCCCCGAGACAAAAAUUCAAGAUGGCGUCCAAAAUGGCCACCUAUAGUAUUUUUUUUUAAAAUACUUCAAAAUGAAAUGUAUUUAAAUAACAUAUAAAAGAACUUCAUGAAUAUUCCAUGAGGAAAAAGUUUUAUGUCAAGCAAUAUUUUAGUGGGCAUUUUGGAUGACAUUUGGGUUGAAAGGAUGGUCCUAGCGCAAGUGGCCAGUGUUUUUUUGCAGCAGUGUUGCAAAUUAGUAGUUUCUUGACCACUGUAAGCAGGCAGUUUGCGUGCCUGUAAAUAUUUUCAGUUUCAUAACACCGCUGGGGGCAGUGAGAUUUAGUACCAGAAACAAAAAUUUUAUGUGUAUUUUCAUACCAAAACACUUUGAAAAAACAUGGAAAAAGAGACCCUGGGAGUAGAUGUUUGUACAGUCAUGAAUCGAUGGAUCGUACAAUUUCUUGCUGUGUGAAAACUUCCUCCAUCUGCUUGUUGUUGUUUGUUUAUUCUUGUUCAAGCCUGUUGCGAGGAAGUGGAAAAUGUAACCAAUCUUAUUUCCCCAUACAGCACCAAAAAUGUAAUGUUAAGUGUUGGGAAGGGUGCAUAGCGAAAUAAAAUGACUGGUUCCAUUUUCCGCUUCCUGUGAUGUAACAGGCUUGAAUGGGAAGAGAAAGACACACACAUAGUUGUUUUUGCUGCGUUGGCCACUGACGUACAUCAUUGAUGUGUUUGGUUCCCUGAUUUUCUCAUUGGUUGCUAUGAUACAGCGAGUUGUCUUUUCAGGUGGGUUAACAGUCAAAUGGAUGUUUUGUCAUCAUUUCCCAAAAAAAGUUCACUUGGACCAAAUAGAAACUUGGUGUCUGAGUAAUUUAAACCCUAAAUCUGCUCUAUUGCCUCAAUAGUUACUGAGAUACAGCUAGUCUACAUUGCAUGAAAAUGUAAGAUGAAAACGAGUGUUUUUGGUGGUUUUCAGGAAAAAAAAAAAAACAGUUCCAUUGGGCUAAAUGCAGAACAAACAAACAACUGGCAGGUGUAGUUGCUAGAAUAUUUUUAAAAAAAUAUGUUAAAUAUAUGUAAAUACAGAAAUAAUGUAAAUUUUGCCAUAUAAAACUGUUGUAAUUUGAAAAAAAAAUUGAGAAUGGGGUAAAGCCAGCCUUGAACCAUAUUUUGUUGAGGAAGCAAGCACACUCACUGCUUGCCCUACUGUUCUGUCACGUAAUGUGAGUUAAUCUAAAAUUGUAAUGAACUGUGGAAUCUCUUUUGCAGACUCAAUUCAAAACAAGAACGUUUUUUCCCCAGGUAUCUUCAUUUUAUCAUACUUUGUAAAUAUACUGUAAAAUAUGUUAGUAUGGCAAUAUGAUAUAUAAUUCAUUACAUAUUUGGAGUAGUUUCUAUUGUGUGACAGCACAGUGGUGCAAACAAUAAGCGUGCUGGUCUUUCAACUGAAAUAUUUCAGGUUGAAGUCUGCUUGAGGCUUCUUCUCCUUAUACAGUUGGAAUGGUGUUAGAAAAACCAAGAAUAAGUGGAUCCUACAAUAUGUUCGGAAAGUAUUCACAGCACUCCACUUUUUCCAAAUUUAUGUUACAGCCUUAUUCCAAAAUGGAGUUAAUUCAUUUUUUACCCUCAAAACUCUGCUCAUAACAUUCCAUAAUGAUAACAU